AUGAAUAGUAAUAAUGAGAAAGCUAAGAUUGACUCAAUAAUAGAUUAAUUUUAUGGAUUUAAAGUGAUUGAAGAAGUACCAGAUGAAGAGAGACAUUUUGAUUAGAUUGUUCAAUAACCAGAUUAAACUGUAAUAUAAAAGAUGCUUGAUGAUAGUUUGCAAAAGAGAUAGGAGUUUAUUUAAAGCAAUGACUGCAAAGAAUACUCAUAAAUGCUAAUAAUAUCUUAAAUAAGGAUGGAUUUCACAAAUGAUGAUCCAUUUCUUAAACAUCUUAUGAAUGUCGAAAAAGCAAUAAAGAAGGCAAUACGAAAUAUCUUGUUGUAAUUAUAAAAGCUUGAAAAUAAACAAUAGUUCAAAGAGGCCUGUGAUAAAUUGAUAAAAAUAUUUUAUCAAGAUAUCAAUAUUGGAUUCAUUACAUCAACUGGGUAAAUAAAAUCAACAGCCUAUGCUUUUAUUUUUAAGUCAAUAAUCGAAUUAAUAAACAGAAAAAAGAUUAAUUUAUAGUUUAAAAAGAUCCCUCUUAAAAUUACAUUAACUUUCUUUGCAAUUGAUUCUCUUUAGCAAAUCAUACCAGCAUAAAAGUUAUAUGAUCCCAGAAGUGCAUUUAUUAGAAAUAACAAAUUUUUUAAUGACUAUAUAAUACUGUCUUAAACAAAUCAAGAUGAACUAAGGAGUGGAGUAUCUAUCUUCUUUGUGUACAGACCAGAAGAUGAUUAGAUAUAUGCAUUGAAACGAAGCAAAUUGUAAGCAACUCAACUUGAUUUUUUCUCUGUUUUUUCUGCAACUGCAUCAAACACUCCAAUAACCCCAGACAUUCGAAAAAUCAGAGAAGCUAAAAUACUUUCCAAGUUAAUACAUCCAAAUAUCUUGAGACUUUUUGCUUGGUGGAUCGAACAAACAAACGAUGGCUAUUAUUUGUAUAUGUAACUUGAAUAUUGUUCCUUUCCUGGUUAUAAAUAUCAGCCAACAGAUCUGUUAACAUUUUCAUACUAUUAUCUAAAUGUUAUGUAAAAUGCGGAAAAAAUUAAUAAAAUUAAAUCUAUUCUAAAUCAAAUAUUAGAUGGUCUGGAAUACAUUCAUUAAAGAGGAAUUAUACAUAGAGAUUUAAAACCUGAAAAUAUUUUUGUGACUAUCAAUAUCAAGGGAGAUCUAUAAGUUGUAUUAGCAGAUUUCGAUUAGGGAAAGGAUGUUAGAGAGGAAAAACUAUCUACCAUGACUGAUGAAAGACUUCCGUAAGAAGAACUCAAUUCGAUUACAUCUCAAAAUACUAUUACAACAGGCACUUUUGGUUAUCAGACCGCUAAUUAUGUUAAAGAUUCGCAUUAUAGCAUGGCAGACGAAUUUUAUGCUAUUGGAAUCAUUUUACUGCACCUUGUCAUUGCAUUUCCAGGAGAACCAAAGAAUAGAAAUCAUUAUGCAAAGACUUUUGUGAUGGCGAAUCAGGCAGAAGAUGUAUUAUCGUUAUUUGACACAUGGGCUAAUAAAUUUGUUAAAAAUAAAAGUAUUGAUUUUUCUUUCACUCACUAUAAAAAUGUCAUGGAUCUAGCCAAAUUAUUGACAAGCUCUAGAAAAUUAACUCAUGCUGAUGUUAGGAGAAUGAUCAAUGAAUUAUGA